AUGCUGACUCUCUGGAACCGAGACAAAGGAGGGUGUAGCUCGGAGAAACCUAGCCAGGCGCUCCAAGGCUCUGGGCUACCGGAGGCUGCUGCCCCGCAAAGCUUCUCUUGCGCUCUCGGCGCCGGGGAGUCCGAAACUGAUGGCGGACUUGGUUCCUUUCCCAAACUUCGGGAGACGGUGUUUACCCUAACUCUGGUGGCUGAAGCAGGGGGCGUGGGGGCGAAGAAGCGCCCCGCUAAGGCUGCUAUGGCUGUCCACCCACCUCCCCACCGCCCGGCAGCACCCUUCCCUUCCCCCUCACCUGUCCUGAGCGCGGGGCCUCAGGGGUCCAGUCGCCUUUCGGGACUCGCACUGCAGGAGCAGUUGGGACGUCGGGCGCCUCCGGAACCAGCGAAGGAGGCGGCGGCGGGCUCGGGGGCGUCAGCGGGAAUCUCGGCAGCCGCGGGCAGCCUCGGGAUCCCUCCCCAUCCCGGCGGGGCUCGGGCAGCGGACGCGGCGUGGCCACCGAGCGCGGCUGAGUCAGGCGAGGGGGCGGGCGGGGGAGGGUGGGGGGCUCCCCUACCCCCGAGCCGGGGGGGCGGCAGCGGCCUCGGGGCGGGGGACGUGCCGCUGCUUGUGCCCGCCGCGGGUCGCGGGACCGCCGGCCGCCGCCAUCGAGCGCAGGAGCCUGAGCGCUCCAGCCCUCGGAGGUCACCGGGUGCGGCGCGCGACUCGCGGCUCAGGCGUCGUCGCCGCCUCCAAGAAAGACAAAAGGGACCCGGGGGCUGGGAGGGGAAAAGUUUUCUGCUCGGCUCCAGACAGAUCCCCACCAAACCUCACGCUCCAAGCGCGGAAGAGGCGGGCUGGGGGCUGGGGGCUGGGGGCUGGGGGCUGGGAGCUGGGGGCUGGGGGCUGGGGCGGGGGGCGGGGCUGGCUUCCAGGCGCGUCACAGCACGAUCCGGACCCGGGUCCGAGCCAAGCUCGCCGCCGCCCACCACCCGUGGGAACUCCCCCCGCCCUGCUGCCCCCGCUUUCGCAGCCCGCCUCCUCCUUGAUGCAGACAAGAUCUGCUCUUCCCCCUCCCAGGUCCCCAGUCCCCCAACGGGUGACCCAGCCGCAAAGUUGCACUUCUGGAGCCGGGAUUACCACAGACAAAACCUAUCUGUGGGAACAAAAUACCCGCUUUCAGGAGCUCUUCUCUGGGCUGGAAGGCCAGAAGGUGGAAACGGACACACCCACCCGUGGGGCGCGCCUCUUGCUGUGGUGGAGCCCCGGGUCCCAGAGCCGAGGUCGGCGCCCCGCCAGUCCUCUGGAGCAAUAGGGGAGCCCUUGAGGAUUCCCAGUUUUCCUGGAGCAGGCGCUACGGCCCCACGCCCCUCAGACUCUUUCCUAUCAGACGCCGCAUGGGCGGGUCGGGGUCCCCCUGGCGGGCUGCUCGGGCGCUGCGCGAGCGGAGCCAAACUGCUCCCACCUGACACUGCGGACGCCCCCUCUGUCUACACCGCCUUAGGGCGUCUAACAGAUUUGUACCAAAUGUGGGUAAGGAUCACUUUAUGACUGCUGGCAAUCCAGGAGUUUCACAGUCAAAGGAACCUACUAGAUCCAGAAAGGGCAAAGGAUUGACAGUCGAGCACAUUCUGAUGAAUUGUACCCUUAGGGAAAAAAAGAAGAAAACCAAGAAGUCCUCUGAUACCAUCUAUGGGAAGAAGCUAACAAUGAGAAAUAAUUCUUAGAAGUCCUAUUUUCUCAAAGAGGAGUUUGGAAAGGAGGAAGUGUGAUUGUGGAUUUAUAAGUCCACGUGGACUCAAUGCAAGCGGCAGAUGGUGAAUGGUGGUGGCACUGACAGUCACCACUCCCCAACUCCUGGUUUUCUUCAGUCUGGUCUUCCACUCUUGGCUGGUGCUGGGCUUGGUCGUCCAUCUUCCACUGCCUUUCUCAGAGGACCACACUAAUGGUGCGAUCUGAGAGGAACUGCACGGGAAGGAGGGGAACCUGGGAUUUCAUUCUGGAUCUGCACAUACUGCCCAGGUGGCUUUGAGCAAGGAGGAAGAGACUAGCAUUGUUGAACGCCUUCCAGGUACCAGUCGUUGUGUAAGAUGCCAUGCAUGCAAGUAAACUCUUUAAACCUCCUGACAACCCUGUAAGGUAAAGAAAGUGAACGCAGAAGGAUUAAGUAAUUUGUCCUACAUCACACAGCAAGUAAGUGAUGGUCCAAGAAAGAAGAACACGGAAAUUUUACAACACAAAAUGUUAGUGUGUCUUUGUACACUGUUGGGGCAAAUACAAAUGAAAAGAAUGGCAGAUGAUAGUCAUGUGAAGUGUCUUGUCAGGGAUUGGUCUCCCUCCAAUAGCAUCUCAAAAGGAAAUAGGGACUGAGGAUUGGUGAGAAGUGAGGCCUGGGGACAGAAAGCCCUUGAAGCUUGCAAGGUACAGCUAGGGAGUCUCGCUUUUGGAAGGGCUGGGAGAGAAGUAUCCAUUGUCCUACUCCAACACCUUUCUAUGUUUUAGAUACCUCUAACAUCCACCUAUCAGAAGAAUCAUUUAAGAACAUAGCCGACGACACUCUAUUUUGACUUUUUUUAAAAUGCUCCACUGUUAACUACUUGUAAAAGAGCUUUAUUUUAUAUGACAAUGGCUGUUCACAUGGUAGUCAUUGUUUGACUUUCCAUCCAUUAUUCCAUGAACAUUUUCUACUGUGAACUUUUAAAUGUCAGAAAAAAGUAAUAGCUUUGAGAUUCAACUCUAUUCCGGUUUUUGUUUAUCAGCAAAUCACUACCACACUGCCACCUAGUGGCUCUUAGCAGCAGCCUCUGCGAUUGACAGAACUUGUAAUUUAAGUAUCUCCAGGCCAGAAUUCUUUAAAAUUUCUGUUUUUACAUUGGUUGCUUGGAAUACACAACUCAUUUUAAUAUAUAAAUGAUAUUAUGAGUAGGUGUUAGGCUUCCAGCUUGUUCACAAAACCGUCAUCCCAUAAUGUACUUUGAAUACUUUCCAGUUGAGUUGAUCCAUCUGUAGUCAGUUUCAUGGAAUCUUCUUGUAUCAUGUGACAUCUUCUUUCUGCUUUUACUGUUCUGAUAAAUCCAUGAGGAGAUGCCUGGCGCCCAGUCCUCCACUCCAGCCAUGCUGUCUCAACGUAUAGUCUGGCCUUAGGCAGAAAAGGAACCUCAUGGGAGGUCAUUCUCUUUUUCUUAGCCUGCUGCUGAUUCCUGAAGCUGUGACUCAACCUUCAGAAGGGCCCAGCCUCUGUCCCCUGCCCCCAGCUUGGGGUGGCCCUCUGUGUAUCUCCACCACUUCUGCCCUUGCUGACCCACUUGGAUCCCUUCUCUGGCUUUGCCUUGCUGAUGACUCAGUUGAAUCCUUGUUGAUGGGUUCCUGUCAGUGAUCCUUAUCCUGCUCUUGUGGCGCCUCUUGACCGAAGAAGUGUUCUUCCCUACUUAUUUAUCUUUUCCAAACAUUUUAAGGGCAUGAGGAAUUAAUACCUUGGUUGCCUGAUCAUAGGAAGAAUGGAACACAGCAGCUUAACGAAUUUCUCCUUCUUCCGGUUUCCUGUGAAAGCGUCUCUCCUUGAAUUGAGAUUUAUAUAUGUCUAUGAGACUAUUAUAAGCUAAGGAGAACCCAUGUUACAGUCUGAACUUUUUUCCAAAUUCUAUAUGAAGGUGUCACGUGUAUUCUAAGUAUAUACUUGUAUAUUACCACAGUAGAAACUUUCAUAUACUUCAUUGCAUUGCCAGUGCCUGGAAUAGUACCUAAAACACAGUAGGUCUUCAAGAAAUACUUUUAAGAAUGUUCCGUAGACUCCUUCUAAUUCUUCUUGGGGAGAUCUCAUGGACUGGCCACCAACGCAUCUAACUCUGGACAGUCAGCUUUCCCAUCAGCAUUUCAGGAUUCUAGGAAAGGGUUGGACUCUUCCACUGUCUCCCUUCUCCCACUUUCUUGUCACCUAGUUGCUUAUGGUUGCUAGGGAAAAUGACAACCCGUAGAAACAGCAAGAACAGCAAGGUGGAUGGCUGGUGGUAGCUGUGAACUGAAACCAAAUAGUGUCUCUUAGGAUUUUUCAUUAGUCCAUAUGCAUUGAAUUCUUAAAAUAUCACAGACCAGGACUCAGAAGACUCGAACGUGUAGGCUGCUUGGUCAUCUGCUGGCUAUGCACACCAGGGCUACUACUAACUUCCUGAAGCCAUUUUCUUAUUUAUUAACCUGUAUUGGAAGCUGCAAUUCCAAAACCCUAAAAACUAUGAAAAUAAAAUGCUUUUCCCUAGCUGUUUUUUUUUUUUUUUGCAUCAGAAUCUGAUCUGUAUGGAAUGAACUAAUAUGAAUCUUUUUAAAACUUUUAUUUAUGCCUCUAGGAUUAUGAGGCCAUCUCCAAGAACCACUUGGAUAUAUUGUUUGAUGUAUGGUAAAGGCAUCAACUUAUCUUUCUAAAAACUUAAAAAUUCUGAAUUCAAAAUCUGGCCCCAGUUUACACACUUUAAUAGGACAUAUACUUGGACUCAAGCAUUUCCUAAAAGGUGCUAUGGAUCUUUUCCUCUCUCAUGAGGUCAUUGUAGUUGGUAGGUAUAGUUAAUGAAUGUUCUCAUAGUGCCUGGAUGUAUUAAGCCCUCAGUGAAGGUAAGCUAUUACUUCUAAAUUUUAACUUCUUCCCCCCUCCCAGGAAAAGUCUUUCUGGAUGGACACAAACAACUAAUGCACUCUCUUCCCAGCAAUGUAUAUUCUUCCCAGAAAACUGCCCCUUGGCACACAUACACACACUUUCACACUCACUUUCAGGGGAGCCACAAAGGCCCCCAAAGUCUAUCAGGGGACGUCAGAUGAGCUCUUUGGGAGCUCAUCUCUAUGGAAUUAAGUAAUAUCAUCUGUGUAAUAGGAAUCCAUUUGCAUAAUAGAUUGUUACUUUCGAAUAAUUUAAAAUUAUUUUCCAAACUAUUUUAUACUACAAAAUAAUACUAUGCCUUAUUUUCAUAAAUACAAUUUUUAAGGGUUUGCAGGAAUUAAAAUACCACAAAAUAAGUAAAAAGCAUAUACAGGUAAGUUACUCCCCAGUGUGGCGUAGGCAGGUAAAUGAACCAAUCAACUUCUUGUGGACAUUACUAGUUCUAUUUUUCUAGGAUUCUGCUUCUAUUAACAACUUACAUUCAUCUGAUACAUACAACUUUUAAAGUGAUUUCACAUAUGUUAUCUCAACAAAUCUUCAUAAGCCCCUUGAAAGUUAAGACAGAUAUUAUUUUCACUUUACAGAAGUGAUUUCAGAAGAGCCAGAUGAUUUAUAUUUGAGGUCACAUAACUGGAUCUCCAAAUGUCUAAUCUAUUUCACUGGUUCUUAUGACAAUAAUUCUCAUGUAUAUCUUCUUCAUCUCUAAGUUUUCAUUGACAUUGUAAACUACAUUUGCACUUUACUUCUUACAUAUAUAUACAUAUGUAUAUAUACAUAUAAAUGUGUGUGUGUGUGUGUUUGGUUUGUGUAUUAUUUUUACAUUAUUGUAAUACAUAUAUUUAUAGAAAAUAUAGGUUCUAUGUAUUCUAAUACAUCUACAUCUAGAUCUGGAUAUAUAGUUUUGGCAUACUAUCAUGUAUCUAUGACCUUUUCUUCCUCCUCCCACAUCUUCCAUUGACUUUCCAUCUUAGCACAUUCAGGUUGCACAAUACACUAUCAUAAGCCAACAGGUGCUGUGAAAAUCAAGGGCAAGAACGCCAUAUUAUUGCUCAAUGUUUGUUAGCUUGAAAGCACCAUAUACUAUCUAAUUUUAGCAGAAAUCUUGUGGUCUGUCAUAUAUUGGGCUUCAAAUAAGUUAUAACGCAAUGGAAAUAUGGAUUUAUAUUUAAGGAACAUGUGCUGACCAAAAUUUUUCAAAGUGCUAGUAUCCAAAAAGCACUGAGCAUUUCUAGAAGUAACUGGAGAGCAUUUUGUCACAUGUGGCUAUAACUGUAGAAAGCUCAAAAGAAGUCAAAUGCCCAAUGAAAAUUUGACUCAUUAGACAUGUAGUUCAUUCCAGCUAUGAUAUUUGUACAAUUCCUCUACUGAGAGAGAUUUACUCCUGAGGGAUCUGGUAAUUUUCCCAGAGCCAAAUAUUUAUUUGUGAAGAAUUUUCACUUGUCAUUUUCUUAAUUAUUGAAUUUAAAUUCAAUAUCCUUUUUUGGUUACUUAUGGCUAAAUCCCACCUGAUCCCCAAAAGUCACGAGCUGGGCUUUCUCUCAACAAUAAGAAAAGUUACACAAGAGCAAGUCUGACUAUUACCUAAAUCACACUUUCAGAUUGCGUUCCGAUUUCAGAUUGUUAAUAUUUGGGGGAGCAGCCAAGCGGGUCCUCUGACUAGAAUAUCAAUAACAACAAUAAACAAAAAAAAUCUCUAAAUGCUUCAAGGGGUUUAAAUCUUCUAAGCUAUUUGGUUCAUUGCCAACGUUAUUUUCAAAAUAGAGAGCAAGUCUACUGUAAGCAUAUAUUGCUUUGAUUUUGUGGGUAAAAUAAAGGCUUACGAUCUUUUUAUUUUUAAGUGAGGAAUCAUAACCUAACGUGGUAUAUACUUGGCAUUUGUAAAAGGUUUUAAUAAAUAGUGUCUUGCUCAAUA